AUGCCCGAUAAAGUUUCUUAUGAGGCGAUUGUACCAACAUUGCAAAAAUUGCAACCAGAUGUUGUUGGAUUAACAGCAUAUACUUAUGUGCUGUAUGACAUUUAUGCCGUAUGUCGUUUAGUUAAACAAUAUGUACCGAAGUGUAAAAUUGUUUUGGGUGGUCCUCAUAACGAUAUUUAUCCCCAUGAGACUAUACAACAGGAUUUUGUUGAUUAUUUGGUAAAAGGUGAGGGUGAACAAACUUUUGCUCAACUGUUAGAUCAUCUAACAGGUACACGUCAACUCAAAGAUACGCCAGGUAUUUAUUUUCAAGCUCCAGAAGGUAAUAUUGUAUUUACUGGUGAGCGGACACCGAUCCAGGAUAUUAACGCAUUGCCAAUACCUGCCAGAGACUUAGCGGGGCUCAAUCAAUACUAUUCUAUUAUUAAUCCUGGGUAUCGCGAAACGACAAUCAUUUCUAGUCGAGGUUGUCCUUUUCGUUGUAAUUUUUGUGACGUUGGUGGGCGAAAAUAUCGCUAUCGUUGUGCUAAGUCUGUUGCCCAAGAAAUGCGACAAUGUGAGGAGACAGGAUUUGAAUUUGUCCAAUUUAUGGAUGAUACCUUUAACCUUUUUCCCAAAAAAGUCAAAGCACUAUGCCACGAGAUUAUUGCACAAAAAAUUACUAUUCCUUGGUGCUUUCGUGGGCGUGUUGAUCAAGUCGAUGAAGAAAUGUUUGACCUUCUCAAGCGGGCGAAUUGUAAGCGUAUCUUUUUUGGUGUUGAAUCUGGAUCUGAUGAAAUGUUGGCCUAUAUUGGCAAGCGUAUUACACGGGCGCAGACUGAACGUGCCUUUAUCUUGGCUAAGCAGGCAGGUAUUGAGACGGUUGGUUAUUUUAUGUUGGGGUUUGUAAAGGAAACGCGUGAACAAAUGCUAGAGACUAUUGCCUUUGCAAAAAAGAUACAGGCAGAUUAUGUGCAUGUGACAAUUACAAUUCCGUUGCCUGGCACACCACUUUGGGAUGAAGUUUGCCUGGAUCCUAAUUUUCCCAAAGAUUACUUACGAGACUAUACACAUGAUCCUGUAAAGAAUUUUGAGCUUCUACCUUGGAGCCAAACCCACAGCUAUGAAGAAUUGUAUGCGUUAAACAAAAAAUUCUAUCGUGAAUUCUAUUUUCGACCAUCGUAUCUUUGGAGACGAUUGAAACAAGUACGGUCAUUAAAAGAGUUAUGGCGUAAAUUGAGAGCGGCUUGGAACUUAAUGUUGUUUCAGUUUGAUCGUUUGGUUCAGAAGUCUGCCUAA